CAAUGUAAAACAACAUAUUAUUCUUAAUCAAACGCAAAAUGAUAAUGCGCAUCAAGGUGACAGAGGACAGGUGACAGGUCGCGCGUCACAUGACUUCUCACAGCUGUGCCUCGCUUCGCGACCGGCGUCAAGAUGUCGCGCAUGCUAACUACGCGUCCUUCCCCCUCCACUGCCAGCGUAUUCCCUAACCCCCUCCACACGAUAUAAUACAAUCAUGCUGUUGCGUUGGUGCGGACGUGUUUUACGUGUGUCCUUCGGAGAAUUUUUGAGUUUAACCUCUUACAAGGACUUUAGCCGUAGACAAAAUUUAAAGUUGUUGGCCUGAGUAUAUUGAUCGUUGUUCAGAUCAAUUACGGCCAUAAAAAAAUUAAAAAAUAAAUAAUAAUAAUGCUGUUGCGUUCACUGGCAUCCUGGCAUGUGGCAUCUCUUAUCCGGCGGGGGAGAGGAAGGGAGGUUAGGUUGGAUUAAUGCGAGUCUGGCGAUGGUGGCGAUCGUUCGCCCCCGUGACGAGAAACGCGUGUGCGUGUCGCGGUUGCCUGAGCACGGUGAAUGCGUAGUGCGUGCGCGUCAUUAGAGCUAUAGUGGCAGUUGCAACUUGCGGAGCAGACGGACAGUGACUCGCGUGGUAGGACGGGAGGAACAAGUGUCCGCGUGAGAGCGACACGCAGCGGAGCGAAAGAUGGCGAUGGCGCAUCGGAAGGUGCCAAGGUGGUGAAGUGUGAUGCGGCUUGCGCGAGUAUCUUCAGCCUCGUCGUCGUCGUCGUCGUCGUCAUCGUCGUGAUCGUCCCUCGUGAGAUCGCUCGUUGAGCGGAGCGCGGCCAAAUGAUAUGGGAAUUUGCAGCAGAAGACACUUUCUAUUGACGAUAUGCAGCCUACAACUGAUUACCACUAUAGAACGUCAAGUCUUCGACUUUCUGGGGUUUAUGUGGACCCCGAUACUGGCCAACUUCUUCAAUAUCAUCUUCGUAAUUCUAGGAUUCUUCGGGGCCUUUCAAUAUAGACCAAAAUAUAUCAUAUCAUAUUGUAUAUGGAAUAUAUUGUGGCUAGGAUGGAACAUAUUUAUAAUAUGCUUCUACCUCAGUGUAGGGAUACUGGAUAAAGAUAGUGAUAUCCUCAAUCUAGGUACCGGUAGUUUUUCUUGGUGGCACGUAAAUGGACCUGGUUGCAAAGCUGUUUACGAUGUUACGGAACCAGAGCUCUUUAGACCUGCACGUCCCACUAAUGUAACAGAUUGUGUGCUGGACUAUGAAGUGAUAGAAAUUUUACAUGCUGCAACGCAAUGUAUUUUAGGUUUUAUGGCGAUUGUUGGUGGAAUCUGUCUUAGUAAAGUGUUCCUUGAAGAAGAUGAUAGCUUACGAACUAAGCGAAAGAAGAAGCAGCCGCGGCCGCUGUACAGCAUCGAGUACUCCCAGCCGGAGCCGCCGGUCCAGGACGACAGCAGCGUGUCGCCGAAGCCGAUGACGCCGCGUCGGGUGAAGCGACGUUCCGUCAUCUCGAGGGACGGCACACGACGCUCCAACACGCGACGCAGCUCGGUACGCCAGUCUCGUCGCAAGAACCCGGUGAACCGCAUCAUGGACCACCAGGAGAACCUGUACGCCAACACGGGUCCAGGUGCCUGCAUCGGCAGCCUGACGAAUCAGAACGUGAGCACGCUGUCGCAGGGUGACCGGGCGCUCAACUACGACCGGAUCACGAUCGGCGGCUGGGACCGCGAACGUAACGUUCCCGUCGACCGGAACUGGCAACCGGAAGCGGUCAACAUGGCGGUGUCGUCGCCGGCCCUGUGGCCACCGCCACCGCCGUCGAACCAGGAUUCCUCCAACAAUUACUCGAACGCAUCGUCCGGCUUCCCCCCUGGCCAGAGUCCGCCCGGAGGCGACUGGGAUCAGCAGCACGCGAUCACCAGCUCGACGCGAAAUCUCACCGACAAUUGGCAGCCGGCCUCCGGCGAGCUGAGCGCGAUGCAGUGGCAGGGCCAGAGCAAUCCCACGUUCCAACAGACCAGCACGCAGAGUCUGAACGGCGAGGAUUUGGAGGAACUCUAUAGCAAUCGGCCGGCCAGCGCUAGGUCUAGCUACAGUAAUUAUCACGGCGUCAGGGCGACGCCGCAAGUGCCGAACCGCACCGACAUUGUCAGGCAGAGCCAACGACAAUUUGUCCUCAGCGGACCGCCCGCUUAUCAGGACACGGUAAUCUGAUGGCAUCGUGUCGAGCGAUGUCAAUUGUACGUCUCGUAUUGGAGACGAGAUAAUAGAUAGAACAGGCCUUAUAGAACCUUUUACUAUUUAACCAAUUCUAUUUAAUCAACAAAUGAUGUAAUAGAUUGUAGAGAUAAGAAAUGCGUGAUAACGUCGUCUCUAGAGAUAUCUUAAUAAAAAGGAUACUAUUUUUGAUAGCGCUAGUCGCGCACGCGACGCGUUCGAUUCAGAAGAAAAUAUAUGGAAUGUAAGAUUUGAAGAAACUGCAAUUUUAUAAUGUGCAUUAAUUAUAAUCUUUUUCUACUGUUAAUAUUUUCAAAAGUAAUUGUAAUAAUUUUAAACAUCUGUAUUACUAUUAUUUUGAUAAUUAUUACUCGUGAGAUUGCGAGUGGUAUUGCUUAAUAGUAAAAAAUAAUCAAUAAUAAAAAACGGGCAACCAUCGCAAGUUGCUUGUCCAUUUCAGAGCUUUACUUGAUGCAGAUCGAUGCGAUAGAUCUCUACUAACGUUGCAUCGCAUUGUACUGCAAAAAAAUGACAUCUAUUAAGAGACGUAAUUUUACUUAAGACUUGAAAAGUCACAACUAGCGCUCUCUUUUUUUCUCUCUUUCCGUUUCUUCUCUCUCUUAUUCAAAUCAUUUAGCAGCAUUAUUUUAAUAAAUAUCUGCUUACGUCACUAUACAAUUUGCCGAUUUAAUUCUUGAUCAUAUCGAUCGUAAAUUCAUACAAUUGAUGUGACACGAUGAGACUGUAUUGAAAACGACGUAAGUUAAGGAUUGAAGACAAUUGUUAAAUUGAUUCGAUGUGUAGAGAGUUUUUUAAUAUAUAAAUUGAACAUAUUUAUACGAUUUUUAAAAUGUAUACACGAUCAUGAUGAAGAAUUGUUCUUUCACUCUCAGAAUAAAUUUAUCUGAUUGAUGACGUAUGUGAAAUUAAUGUACUUAAGAUCUGAGGAUCUCACACAGAUCGCACAAAGUUCUAAUAAUGUUAGGAUUUUUUAUGCGUUUUUUUUCAUCUUUUUUCUCAUUGUCAGUAAUUUUCAUAAGAACUUUCCAUUCUCAUCCUAUUUAUAUCAUAGAGUUAAGGAUUCUUUUAUUCGUGUAAAAUCAAAAAAAGCAUCGCAUAGUCUGUAAAUACAGAUUGUAAUCACUCAUCAAAUGUAUUUUCGACAAUGCUAUACAAACAAGACAAUCAAUUUCAACAUUUAUAAUUCUUUCUACUACAAGUAUCAUCAGUGGUUUAUAUUAUUUUCGAGUUUAUAGCAAUUAGAAGAUACUGGCCUUUUUAAAAUGUUACGAUAUUUUCGAAUCUCGACUUUUUACAAUUUCUAUACAACUUGCACAUAUAUAAUUGUGUAUAUUCGGACAAUUAUUAUCGAGCGUAUGUUUAAGCACAUAUAUAAUUAAACUAUAGUCUUCCAUUUGCUACAUAUCUCGCAAUUUAUCUGAAUAUUAGCGGACAAAAAUUAAUGCAAUACAGUUGUAUUUGCAUAUUAAUAACCGAAAUAAUGGCAAUAAUUAUGUGUAAUAUGCCGCAAUAAUGUCUAAGUAAUAUUUUGCAAUAAAAAAUUGGAAACUGUGAAAUUACGAUGAUUUAUGUAUAUUAUAAGAAAAUUGGAGUUGCGACGAACCUAAAUUCGUUUUGAAUGUUACUGCAAUUUAUUUUAUUUAUUUUUGGAAUUUUAAUCUCUUGCAAUA